CACCUGAAGUUAGUGCCCGACCACUGGUGUGCAGUGCAAGAGUUGGCCAACUUUUCGCACGGAGAACAGCACCGAUUCGUGCGACCGGUGGUCCGCCACUCAAACAACACGGAGGAUGUGGUCAGGGAUUCGUGUCAUAUGUUUGACGUGGACUAUAGGCAAGUGUUGAAUGAUUUACGUCUACCUCAAGUGAAUGCGUCCGUCAAAUGCCAUAAAAGCAAACUCUCGGUCAAGAAAUGCGACGACGGAUGGGUUUACGACCGGAGCUACUAUUGGGACAGCUUUUCCAUACAUUUUGAUUUUGUUUGCGAACACAGCCAUAGAUUUAAUAUCAUACUAACCAUCAGAACCAUCGCCAGUAUCUGCGGGACUCCUAUAUUUGGAUUGAUUGCCGAUCUGUAA